UAUAAUGCCUCCGAAAACACAAUGGUUGGCGGCCAGCGCAGCAUUAUUCUCAGUAACAAACCAACCGUGAAGACAGCCAUUUAAUUUUUUUUUUCCUGUUUGCAAGGCCACCGGGAUCGCCGUACCGAAGUACACACAGUGUGUCAUGUUAUUAGAAUCAUAGAAUCGAUAGCGUGCCUCUCCACACUAUUUAAUGGGAGUGUUUGAAGGUGCAACUACAUGUAUAGUAGAUCCUCUCCCAACCACGUCAAACCAUAGGAUUGUUCUAAGAUCAGCUCUAUCGUUAAACAACUUGGAUGAACAUUUUUUGGUUGCGACAUACCAAUGAUGCGGGCCGUUUACGCAGGUGUGUUUUGAAAUGUGCCACACGGGGAAGUGAAAGCAGACGGCACAUUACGUAUCAUCGCCAUUGUCGAAGGAAUCAUGUCUUGUUGAAGCAAAGGACCUCUGCUAUAAACUGGAAGUAAAGGGAAAGUUGGGAUUCCCAUCAAGAGACGGAUUACUGAUGGUAUUCAACAGGUGGGAAAUCUAGAGGAAUCAGUAUGGCGAGCCUGUUGGGUCGCAAGAGUAAGAAGAAGGCUCAGUUGGAAUUAAACAACGAACUUCCGUUCUUUGACGUGCGUUACCUGGGCCGCAGCCUGACCAGGACCAAGAUGGGCCGGGAGUGUACCAAGUCCGUGGUCAGCGAUCUGGUCAAGAAGGCUCACGGAUGUGAACUCCAGACGGUCAGUCUGACCAUCUCCAGCCGGGGGAUAUGGGUCACGGAGAAGUCCGGCCAGGGCAAUGGACGGGAGACCUUCAUCCCGAUCUACUCGGUGACCUACGGCGCGGCGGACAAGGUGUUCCAGAACGUCUUCACCAUCGUGACGACGUACCAGCCCCGUGUGACCGAUAAGGCAGAUAAGUCAGAAGGCCAGGAUAAGGACAGUGGAGGGAGCGGGAACGGGAGCCUGAACGGCAGCAACGGCAGCGCCUCAGUGAACUGUAAGGGUAACAACGUGGAGGACUUCAAGGCUCUCAAGUCCGCUAAAGCUUCCUCCUCGGAGGUGUUCGUGUGCCACGCGUUCCUCUGCCGGGACCCGGUGCUGGCCCGUGCCAUGGUGGUGUACCUCCUAAAAGCCUUCAAGGUAGCCUUCGAGUCCUGGAGCAGGUGCGUGAAGAGCGAGAAACUCCGGGAGAGGAUCAAAGCUGGACCGGGUCUAACCACUGCGUCGGACCAGAGUAAGGACGGUAAAGGGGAGAGGAGAAAAUCUCACCAGGAGUUGCUGACCAUGGACCCCGCGGUCAAGCCGCCAGAGGAGACGGCGGCUCUUGUGGACAAAGUGGCCGCCUGGAUGGACAAGUGGUUCCAUUUUGGGAACAACCACAACAAGAAGCAGAACGAGAUCUUCUCAGCGGAUGAGCCAGCAUCAGACCCGCACGAGUUCGAGGAGUUCUCUAAGAGGAUGAUGGAGUUCUCGGACCCCACCCUGCUGAACUUUGACAUAGACAUUGAAGCUGAGCUGAAGGAUGUGGAGGUUUGUAGUAUCUUGAACGAAGUUGUAAGCCGGGAACCCGCGCCGAAGGCGGACGAACCCAACUCGUCAGCUGACGCUGGCUCGGGCGACGUCUUGGUCUGAGGCAAAACAUAAAGAAACUCUUCUCGAUACGAUAGUAUAUGUUUUUCUAGUUUUGCAAUGAAGAAUUAAAUCAAUUUGUUAAUUGAUGAUCGAAUCAGAUUCUGGUGCCAUUCUCAAACAAGUUGCAAUGAGUGCUUUGUAUUAUUGCUACAUGCCUCAAUUCUCAAAAUGGGGGCUGUUGGGGGCAAAGUUGUUGAGAGAGAUUUAGGUUUGCAGAGUUCCGUCAAUGUUUUCCAAAGUUGUAUUUGCGACUUAAUUGGUGCCAUGUGCUGAUUUCAUCACAGUUAGACAAGAUCGAUCAUGAACGAAUUCGGGAGGCAUUUUCUUUCAAGCACCAGGAGCUUAAAAACCCUGGUUUAUUCAUCUUCAGUAUUGAUUGUUUAUAACAUAAUUCGUCUAAUGAUGGAUCCUGUUAUCGAUCGAUCGAUUGAUUGAUUGAUCGGUAAAUAUAACGGCUACACAUAUUUAGAAUAUAAUAUUUUGCCUUGUUCAUGAAGGUAUUGUUUAAUAUAUCACAAAUUCAAAAGUAGUUUAAAUCUUUGUUCUUUGUUUGCUAAUUUAUAGUGUUAAUGUAAAAACAACCAAAAACACAAACCAACUCUGAUAUGUAAGUACAUGUAUUUAAAAAAUAUAUAUAAUCUAAGUCAUUAAAAGGAUAACAGAGAGCGCGUUUUCGAAGAUUUGCAUUUUGGACAAUAUUUAAAACAGCAUUCUCAGGCGAUGCCCUAAUUAACCACACAUGAGAACUUAGUGACGAUUUCGAAAUGUGGAGUGUAUUGCACGAGUCACAGUAAAAUAAUGUCUAACAAAAGUAUCAGCGUUUUACUUUAGUGAGAUCAAUAUUUCGGUUUGUUUUGUACCUCAAUUUUAACACUUGGUGUCUUUUAAAAUCAGAAAAAAUAUACAUACUUUUAGGAAAAUGAAGUUGUUAGCAACUUUCUUGACAGAACUGCCUGUUGAUACAGUGUGAAGAACCUUUUCAGUACAAUUUCUGUUCUGUUUCAUUAUAGUAUUUCAAUGAUAAUCCAAACUAGUUGUUUACUAUUCAUUCUGUAUUUUAAGUAUAAAACAAGAGAGCAGACUCAUAUAUAAAGUGUUAUCUUUUCUAUUUAUUUAACGCUGCAUAUAUUAUUGGACUCUUUGUACGUCGAGAAUUAUGGCAAAAUCUUUAUAUUGUGCUCAAAGUUCAGGUUCGAAGAAAAAUGUAUAUUCAAAUGAAAGUCUAGUUGCGCAAACAAAACUGAUGGAUCGAAACUUUGUACAGAAAUGGAGGUGCGUUUAACCAAACAAGAUGGAAUUUCUUAUAUGACGUUUAUAUAUUGUUUAUUUGAAGCUGUUGAUUGAUAGCUGUUAACUUGUCUGAACUGGUCCCCAAAAAAGUGCGUCCCAAAGGAAAAGAUGGUGGU